UUCCUGAAGCAGAUGUAUGUCCUGGUUCUGGGUCUGGACGUCCUGGGAAAUCCUUUUGGACUCAUCCGAGGUCUGUCAGAGGGAGUGGAGGCCUUCUUCUACGAGCCCUUCCAGGGAGCUGUUCAGGGUCCCGAGGAGUUUGCUGAAGGUUUUGUGAUUGGAGUCCGCAGCCUGCUGGGCCACACUGUUGGCGGCGCUGCCGGCAUGGUGUCCCGUAUCACCGGCUCGGUGGAAGGGCUGGCGGCCAUCACCAUGGACAGAGACUUCCAGCAGAAACGGAGGGAGGAGAUGAACCGCCCCCCCCGCGAUUUUGGAGAGAGUCUGGAAGGAGGGAAAGGACUGCUGAAGGGAGUCGUGGGCGGAGUCACCGGCAUCGUCACCAAGCCUGUGGAGGGAGCCAUGAAGGGGGGCGCGGCUGGCUUCUUUAAAGGCAUUGGGAAGGGUCUGGUGGGGGUGGUUGCCCGGCCGACCGGCGGUAUCGUGGACAUGGCCAGCAGCACCUUCCAGGGCAUCCAGAGAGCGGCGGAGUCGACAGAGGAAGUGACCAAACUGCGUCCGGUGCGUCUGAUCCGAGAGGACGGGAUCAUCCGACCCUACGACCUGACGGAGUCGCAGGGCUUCGACCUCUUCCAGCGUUCAGAGAUCAAACAGCUGGAAGGAGAAGUCUUCAGAGACCACUAUCCGUACCCGGGUCACCGGAAGACCACAAUCAUCAUCACUAACAGGAGGGUUUUGUGCGUGAAGGAGAUCGACUUCGUCGGACAUUUUAACCGAGAGUGGGAGUGUUGGUUUGAGAACUUCUACAGACCUCCAUCGGUGGGGGGGACGGAGCUGAAGAUCUACUGCAAGGUACUGUCAGACGGGGGUGGUACAGGGGGGACGGAGCUGAAGAUCUACUGCAAGGAGCAGAAGUUGAAGUUUCCAACGAGAGACGGUUCGGAGCCGGUGAGGACGGUUCAGCUCCGAGACCCCCAAGCUGCUCAGAAGCUGCAGGCAGCCAUCUCCGAUGCUCAGAUGGCGCAGCAGCAGCACCGCAUGGCGAGGCAGAAGUCCCGGCGCUUCCUGAAACCCAGCAACAAGCAGUGAUGUCACUUCCUGUCUCACUCAUAACGCUGGAACAUGAAUAUAUAAAUACAUCAUCCACACAGUGGUCCCCGGAACAUGAAUAUAUAAAUACAUGUACACAGGAAGGGGCGGGACUUCCCCUCUAUUUAAUCUCAGGUGCACCUUCCAAAGAGCUGAGGGUUUGAUUCCCAGCUGACUCUUUUUUUGAAUGAUGCUGUGAGGCAUUCUGGGUAAAAAUCCUUCCACAAAUGAAGUCAUGUGAUUGUUAUUGAAUCAUUCUUUA